CAUUGCUGCGUUUUCAUGCUUGUUCGCUUCGUCAGCAUCUCUCAACUACGCUCGCCCGCUGUCGAUGAAAGACAGGACCAGCGUCGAAGGUGUUGAUUAUAGAUGUCGACAGCGGUGCAAGAUGGGCCCAGCCGAGACGAAACGAAGGCGAGCUGAAUGCGAGCUUCAAGGGACGGUGGACAUGGACCAAACCGGACCAGAUGCGUCUUCUGCAUACGCAAUGCCUCGGGUGGGUGUCGGAUGUUUGGUGGAGUCUCACGGACUAGUCUUGGUCGGUAAACGCAAAGGGUCACACGGCGCAGGUACGAUCCAGCUGCCAGGUGGACACUUGGAGCUUCACGAGACGUUCGAGCAGUGCGCGAUACGCGAAGUUCGGGAGGAGACUGGCCUCGUCAUCGAUCAGACUACUAAUCCCGCUUUGAUCUUGGGCCAAGGAAGUGCAGCCAUUGGUGGCCAAUCACACGCUCGCGGCAAAGCACUAUUUCUUGCCGAGUCCCCGCGUAUGCGUGGUACACAAAGGGACGAGGAUUUCAUGCAUUACCUCACCGUCUUUAUGUACGCCAAGCUGCCUGAUCUCUACGACCAAUCUGGCAAUCGACCCGUCCCUCAAGUGCUCGAACCUCAGAAAUGCGAUGGCUGGUGCUGGGUACCUCUACGUGAGAGGCGCCUACAUCGGGUGUUGAUGCGGUCUUCUUUUUGCUCCAGCCAGCUGCUCAUCACGCAGAACUUCUUUUUCCCUGCAGGGUGGAUCAUAGCGCGCGCCUUGCUGGAAGAACCGAGUCCCAACAAUUCCGUGCUUGGCGCAAAGGUCGAAGCAGACAAGAUGAGAGGCAGUGACUAUCGCGAUGCGAGCAAUCAAGGAGCCUGGGAGGCAGCCGACGCCUUCGCAGGGGAUGCGCCGCUCUUCCAGCCUUUGGCGCUCCUUGGCUGGCACUUGUGGUUCGAAAGCGAGUAGACGACACUUGGCAGCAUGCCGAUUCCGAAGACGUUGAGACGUCGAACGAUGAAAGCCAAUGUGUAGUGCGUAACCGUAUAGUACAGCAGAAAGUGCGGACCAGUGAGUAGGAGCUACAAGUCGUUCAGACGACCAAGGGUCAUCCAGUGUGUUGUACAAAGCGAGCAAAGUAGAGGUAGGGCUCCAAGUGUGUACUAGCGAACAGGCGGACACCAACUAGCCUGGGUAUGUCCGGAUUUGUGGUCUAUCGGAAGAUUCUUCGGAGCUCCUCACCGAGAACGAGCUCGAGCGUCGAACUUGAGGCCGGGACCGAGGCUCUGAGGGAGGCGCA